UUCAGUUGCCUACUUUGUUGCCUUGGGUUGGAUCCGACCUAUUUCAGACUCAGGUCUGAGCCCGAACCACGGUACCAGACCACUCGAGCAGAGAGGCACGGAGACAGAAUGACAGAAUUGAAGAAGCGACCAUGGCAGCCACUCCCAACGGCGGCGCGCACUCCGGCGCCGGCAAGCGCUCUUACCGGUGGCGGCGGAUGAACCCGUCAACUGGAUACACGGCGAGGUAACCUCCUCACCCCCUCCUCUCUCGUCGUCGAGCUACCCCGCAGCCGCCAAUGUAGUUACCGGAUAAAGCGAAGACUCGUCUUGCGGAGGAGAGAAGAUUUUUUUUGGAGGGGGGAGGGGGUGGGGGGUUGAGGUGAGCCCAGCCCUAUUCCGAUCAUCGGAUCAGUUCACCGGAGGAUCUGGAUCGGAAUGGGAUGGCCACCACCAUCGGCGAAAGAUCGGCAAGUGCUUGCUUCGUUUUUUCUUUCUUUUUUUCUGACUCAUAUCCUACCUUUACCGGAUAAAGGGAAUUGCAUUUGGUUUGUGGUUUCCACAUUGUAAUAAUGUAAUGAGCACAUUUUGCUAUAAAAAACUUUCUCUCUCUCUUACUAUUAUGAUUGGGUUGGUAUCUGAGGGUCUACGGGCUUACGCUUCUGAUUUCUGGGUUCAUUCCAAUUUGAGUCCAUUAAGCCCAAACAAUUCGUCCCUAGUCUUUGCAUUGCCGCUAUAAAGCUUGGAUCAACCGCACCUGCGAUCGCGCGUACGCACAUUACACAAGGCUUCUUGCCCGCUCGCCGUUCGUCUUCAUCCUCUCCAAGAACUCACCUCCCUUCUUGCUUGCACGCACACCAUGGCGAGCGCCGCCUCGUUCCCGGCGUGCAUGAAGGGAGAGCGCGUCCGCGUGUUCCGUCCUUACUACGAGAGCGUGGUGCUUUAUUCGGAGAGACAAGAAGAAGAGUCUUUGACGCUGGUCGAACUGCAGAGCGGCAAGCUUAUGCCGCCACUUUCUGUGGGCGAGGCGCUCCUUAUGGAGGGCCAUGGCUUACGUUGCGAUUGCAGCGUGGAUGCUAUCCUGGACUUGCCUCAGGAGCGAGUUCUCAUCAAUGUUCGAGCCCUGGAUUGCCAAGUUCGGCCUUGUAAUGCUUGCGGGAGUCUAGGACUGCAAAUUCCUAUUUUCUCAGAGGGUUUGGUUGGGAAGACCAUGCGAUUCUCUAGGCUGGGUCCCCAAAAUGUUACUGAGGCAGUUAUCAAAGAAGUUGAGAGACGGAAUUCUUCUCUUAGCAUUGUGCAUUUGGAAGCUCUUGCUACCCCUAUUCCAUUCUGUUUGGGCGAUUUACUGGUAUUGGAGAGCCUGGAUGGCCAGCACCAAAGGGAAGCCGAUGUGGGGUUUUGUGGUGAUUCCAUUUUUUUUGAGAAUUACAAUGAACAAAGAUCUUUGGAAAGUUCUGUAUCUGUUUAUGUGCGUGAUGAGCAAGCCAAUAGAGGGCCUAAGCUAUUACCACAAACAUGCAUGGGCAUCUUUGUCGAUCCUGUACGAAUAUCACCUUCUACUGAUAAUGGGAGGGGGACUGCUUCCCAAAGAAGAGCAACAGUCGAUGAAGCUAAGAGAAAAAUUAAGAUAGGAAUAAAUGGUUAUGGAAGUAUUGGAAGGGCCAUGGCCAGGGUCGCUUUGGAGAGCCAAGAUGUAGAGCUUGUAGCAAUUAACGAACCCUCCAUCACUAUGGAUCAGAUGACUUGUAUGUUUAGGGACAUGGAUGGGCAUGAUGGCCAAUGGUUCAGAAGUGAUUUCAAGAUGAAGAACUCCAAUACACUUAUGUUUGGUGAAAAGGAGGUUACUAUCUUCACAAUCGAGGAUAUCAAUACAAUCCCCUGGAAUGAAGUUGGUGCCGAAUACAUAGUGGCGGCCCGUGUUGAUAUGUCCGAUGCUGAUUAUUAUAAGGCCCGUACCAGCAAGUAUAAUCAUUGUAUUGACGUUAGCUCAAAUUUUAACACAUUCAGAAACUGUCUUUGUCCCCUUGCUGAGAUACUUCGUGGUAGGUUUGGGACGGUUGAGGAUGUGAGGACUACUUGGAGGGCUCCCGUCCUACACAUUAUACCACGAAACAAUAAUGCUGCCAAGGCUAUUGGCGAGGUCCUUCCCUAUUGGAAAGGGAUGCCUAGUGGCUUGAUUUUCCAAGUUCCUACUGUUGAUGCAUCGCCAGUGGAUAUCACCAUUGAAGUAGAUGCAUUCAAGGAGUACGGGCUGAUGUUGAUUAAUACCAAGCCAAGCUAUGGGUUCAGUAUGCUUCUAGCCUGGUGUGUCGAAAUGAUACGCCAAAUUCCACAAGUCACAUACUGCAAGAUGAAUUACAAGUAGCCCUGGGACAUCUCCUAUGCUCCCCCCCCCCCCCCCCUAAGGUGCU